CCGCCCUACUCGCAUCCUUUCGUCGAACCAAGGUUGCGGCAUCGGCGGCAUCGGCGGCGGUCUCCUCUUCCACUUCGUACCCCGCAUAAUACCUUAUCCGGUUGCGAAGAUGAACGUAGAGAAGCUUAUGAAGAUGGCUGGUGCCGUUCGCACUGGUGGAAAGGGCAGUAUGCGCAGGAAGAAGAAGGCAGUUCACAAGACUACAACAACUGAUGACAAGAGACUUCAAAGCACUUUGAAAAGAAUAGGCGUGAAUACUAUCCCUGCUAUAGAAGAAGUCAACAUUUUUAAGGAUGACUUGGUUAUUCAAUUUGCCAACCCUAAAGUGCAAGCUUCAAUUGCAGCCAAUACAUGGGUUGUUAGUGGAACUCCUCAGACAAAGAAACUUCAAGACCUGCUACCUGGGAUCAUUAACCAACUUGGGCCUGAUAACUUAGAGAACCUGAAGAAGCUUGCAGAGCACCUACAGAAACAGGUGCCAAGCACAGGAGCUGCUGUGAAACAGGAGGAUGAUGACGAUGAUGUCCCUGAGCUGGUGCCUGGAGAGACAUUUGAAGCUGCUGCUGAUGAAAAUCAAGCUUCAUAGAGAAGAUAUGCUUUCAGACUAUCUCUAAGACCAUUCGUGGAAUCGUUUCUCAUUUCGGGUGAUCUAGAUGGGAUGCUGAUUCUAUUAUUCAUGUUACAUGGAUCACUUGAAAAGCAAACGUUUUGUACUUUCUUUCAAUAGAAUGUCUUAGAGUAAUGCUAGUAUCGUACUUCAUGCA